GGAAGCGCGGGGAGCGGCCAUGGCGCUGCCCGGCGACCUGUGGGCAGAGCUGCCGGCCGAGAAGCGCAUCUUCUGCUCCGUGCUGCUCUUCUCCUGGGCCGUCUACCUCUGGGAGGCGUUCCUGGCGCACCGGCAGAGGCGGGUGUACAGAACGACGACACAUGUGCCGCAGGAACUGGGACAGAUCAUGGAUUCGGAAACGUUUGAAAAAUCUCGUCUGUACCAGCUGGACAAAAGCACCUUCAGCUUUUGGUCAGGCCUGUAUUCCGAGGUCGAGGGCACCGGAUGCAGCCGCUUUCAUUUUUAGAUAAAAUUGAAGUCGAAGGUAGAAAGAAAAACCUGUGGGAACGGGAAGAGCAAAAAAAGAUGAUUCUCCUCUGCGGGGGAAUUCCUUUUCUCUGGAAUCUCUCUGGUCGGAUCUCUGGUCGUGCUGGGUUUGGACCAGAAUAUGAGAUCGUUCAGUCGUUGGUAUUUCUGCUGCUCGCGACGCUCUUCAGUGCGGUGACCGGUCUCCCAUGGAGUUUGUAUAACACGUUUAUCAUAGAAGAGAAACACGGCUUCAAUCAACAGACACUGGGGUUCUUUCUUAAGGACGCCAUCAAGAAGUUUAUUGUCACUCAGUGUAUCCUGUUGCCAGUGACGUCCCUUCUGCUUUACAUUAUUAAAAUAGGAGGAGACUAUUUCUUUAUCUACGCCUGGCUCUUCACAUUAGUUGUUUCCUUGGUGCUCGUUACAAUCUACGCAGACUAUAUUGCACCUUUAUUUGAUAAAUUCAUCCCGCUUCCCGAGGGAGAGCUCAAGCAACAAAUUGAAACCAUGGCCAAGAGCAUCGACUUCCCAUUGACCAAGGUGUAUGUUGUUGAAGGUUCCAAGCGUUCUUCUCAUAGCAAUGCUUAUUUUUAUGGAUUCUUCAAGAAUAAGCGGAUAGUUCUCUUCGACACCCUUCUGGAAGAUUAUUCUGCGUUGAAUAAAGAGCCAGCAGAAGGAGAAGAUGGUGAGAAUGAAGAGACAAAGUCUAAAACCAAAAAUAAGAAACAGGGAUGUAAAAAUGAAGAAGUUCUGGCUGUGCUUGGUCACGAAUUGGGUCACUGGAAACUGGGUCACACUGUCAAAAACAUCAUCAUUAGCCAGAUGAAUUCCUUCCUCUGCUUCUUCUUGUUUGCUGUGUUAAUUGGUCGGAAGGAACUCUUUGCUGCAUUUGGGUUCUAUGAUACUCAGCCCACCCUGAUAGGCUUGAUGAUUAUUUUCCAGUUCAUUUUUUCACCUUACAACGAGGUUCUCUCCUUUUGUUUGACUGUAUUAAGCCGACGAUUCGAGUUCCAAGCAGACGCAUUCGCCAAAGAGCUUGGGAAGGCUAAAGACCUGUAUUCUGCUUUGAUCAAGCUAAACAAAGAUAAUUUAGGAUUCCCUGUCUCUGACUGGAUCUUUUCCAUGUGGCAUUACUCCCAUCCGCCCCUCCUGGAGAGACUUCAGGCCUUGAAAGACGCGAAACAGGAGUGAUGGGAGUCGUUGAUUCACCGGUAGCGCUUCCAUCUUCAGAGCAAAGUCCAGAGCUGCUUUUAAAUUUCUUUUUUAAAAGGGGUAAUGCCAGUUAAGUGUGAUGGUAACAGCACCACAGAGCUGAGAAUCCUGAAUUAAAUUAUCAAUUACCUUUUUUUCUUUUUUAACAGAAACAAAACUGUGGAACUUAAUUUAGAAAACGUACCGGGUAAGGACCUUCCCCACACACAUGCACUGGCUUUUAUCUCCAUAUCAUAGUAUAGACUUGAAAAGGGAGGAAAACGAAAGUACAGCCUUCAAAGCACCUAUUUCUUCAGUUUGCUUUUGAUCCUUUUCCCGUCCUCCGCGUUGUGACGCUUCCCCGUCUCAACCUUCUUCACAACGAAGAGGGUUUGAGCGACGUGAUUUCCUGUAGAACAACAUUUGUACUCGCCAGUCCCUGGUUUUGUGUUUUCAAAAAGCUGAAUGCAAGUACAGGCCUUUCUCCUGGAUUCGUGUCUGUCGUCAUUGAAAAAGCUACUUAAUAAAACCUCCUUGGCUACAUUUUUGGCGUAUGUGGAAGUGUCUGGUUGCUCAGACAGUGAAUCAGAGCCAAACUUUCAUUCAGAGGGGGUUUGUCCUCCUUCCAUUAAUACGAAUCCAGCUGAAAUAGCUGGAUACUUAGAAAAUAUUCCUCAUCAUUGCUCUGAUAUAACCAGCCCAAGACACAGUUUGUUCAUAUAUAUUAGUGAAGGGCAAACGAAAUAGUUGUGGAAAUGGCUUCUGCAUUGAUUAUUUCAGACUUUUUUUAUGAAAGGUGGAAUUAAAUGUACUUUUGCUGUAAUACAAGUGUGUAUGUGCCAUAGAAAUGUUCUGAACUGAAUGCACAUACUUCAUGUAAAAAUGAGAUUUUUAUAUCUGCAGUAAAUUAAAAAGUUCUGCUGGCUCUGCACAAAGAGACGUCGAAGCGAAUUCUCAUUCUUCCAGAUGUCAGAGUAAGUUACUGUCAGAUUAAAUUUGCUUUUCUGGUGACAGGGAAAAAUGCCUUAAAGAUGAUGGGCAUGAUGUCUCAGGUGCAACAAGACACAAGAUGUUGCUGGAAGUCCUUUGUAUGCCUUAUUCUAAUUGUAUUUAUACCCUGGUGAAUAUGAAGUUAAGCUACAGAUAUGGAAUUAGGUGGCAGUUUUACAAAUAUUUGUCAUUCUAACCACAUUUAAUAAAUGGCCCUUAAAAAAAAAA